UGCGGCGUAACAACGAGCUCCGCUUUUAAGUUUGGCUUGAUCUAUAUAUUACUACUAAACUGUUUUCUAGGUACUUUUCAGGGGUUCUAGGUAUGUUUUUAAAAACUGUGAAAAUGGGAAACACCUCGACAGGAGUCUAUUGGCUUGGCAUACAGUAGUAGCCCUUCAUUACGGUUUCUGUUGCAUUUAUGUUGUUUGCCUUAGAUAUUGACGAAUGCGAGGAAGAAACUUAUUCCUGUCCGAAGUUUUCAAGGUGUAAAAACAAGAAUGGUGGUUAUGAUUGCCCGUGCAAAGAUGGAUUUGAAAAGACCGCGCAAGGAACAUGUUCAGAAAUUUGCACUCCGGAGUGUGAUGAGAACUCUUAUUGUGAAAACGGAAAGUGCCUGUGCAGAAGAGGAUUCUCUCUGGGGUUGGACUAUACGUGUCAACCAAGUGAAGGUCUCCUAAGAUCAGGAAUAUCGCUCCAUUCUCCAGCUAUACUCCUCACGGCUGCACUGCUGUGGUGCGUGGCCUUGAUAUAACAUCUGACUUGUGUUUUUUAGAAUGUUUUUUUACCUUUCUGUAGCUUCCUUGUCUGCAUUUUCUCACUGCCAAAUUUGUAUUAUGUACGUUUUGCAAGGAAAACGCCCCAAAUAAACUGAUCCAUUGUUUUGCUGAUGUAAUUGGUGAGAUAAUGUUUUGAUCUGAUAUAUAUUUUACUGAGCUUUUUGGG